AUCACUCCCAUUUCCAACACAGUUUAGGAGGCAAGCAGAACAGCACUGACUUCUGGAGGGUCUUCAUUCCACAAACUCAGGAUCAGCAAGCAACGUUGUACAAGAUUAUCAUGUUUUUGAGGUCUUAAACUCUGUUUCAUUCUUAGAAUUUUUCUAGGGACACAUCUAAAAUGUUACAUUUUCUCAGUUGGAUUGUCUUGCUUUUGGACUUGGCUGUUUCGUCCCCUGAUGACUGUCAGCUGGAGAGAGACAGGCUUCGUGCACAGUUAAAGUCUAUGGAGAUUCGUGCUAUGAAGCAGCAGGAGAUGAUCCAGCGCUUGAUGAACCUCACGCAGCAAACCCUGAAUCCUGCAAAAGAGAACUUUUUUGAUCUGGGAGAUAAACAAUAUGCAGACUGUGCUCAGAUUUUCAAUAGCGGAAACAAAGAGAGUGGAUUUUACAUGAUUAAACCUUUGAGGAGCCCUGCGCAGUUCAGAGUUUACUGUGAUAUGACAGAGGGGGGUGGAUGGACAGUCUUCCAAAGACGUUCUGAUGGUAGCCAGUCUUUUGACAGGGAUUGGAAUGAUUACAAGGCUGGAUUUGGUGACCUGAAAUCUGCAAAUGGAGAGUUCUGGUUGGGAAACGACAACCUACAUUAUCUGACAUCCCAAGGUGACUACAUCUUGAGAAUCAACUUGGAGGACUUUGAAGGCAGCCAACGUUUUGCCUUAUACAGAAAGUUCAAAGUUGACAAUGAACAGAACCAUUACCAGCUGCACUUCAGCACAUACACAGGGAAUGCAGGAGACGCACUCUCAGGUAGCUACCACCCUGAAGUCCAGUGGUGGGCAAGCCACCAGGGGAUGAAAUUCAGCACGAAGGAUAAAGACAAUGAUCGCUAUGACCGCAGCUGUGCCCUUGAGGAUAAGGCCGGCUGGUGGUUCAACAGAUGUCACUCUGCCAAUCUGAAUGGUCUCUAUUAUAAGGGUCCUUACAGUGCAGUGACUGACAACGGGAUAGUGUGGUACACAUGGCACGGCUGGUGGUACUCCCUCAAGUCUGUGGAGAUGAAGAUCAGACCAAAUGACUUUGAACCAAAUGACAUCUAGCUUCACAUGUUUAACAACUGCCCAGUUAUUUUGCAGAACAUAUAUAUGCAAAAAUUAGAACAAUUGUCGUAUAUAGAGCACUGAGUAACUUUUAGCAAAGUUGAUAUUCAGUUUAUGCUUAGCCUGUAUAUUCACAAAGGCUAAUAAGAUAUUGUUUCCCCCAAAAUAUAUUUGUCUGUAAAAUGGCAACAGUAUGAUAUGAAUCUGUUGUCUGAGUGAUGAGAUUAUAAAAAUUAAUAAAUGCUUAAACAUAA